AUGUCUAGCUCAUCUAACCCUAAUUCCUCGUAUGGUACAGCGAUGAGCCAGAGUUUCAGUCGUCGUAGGGUUGAAAGGGAAAGAGGGUUUCCGGCUUUUUGUAGGAAGUGUGGAGAAGCUGCUGUGAUUUUUACAUCUAAAACCUUGAAAAACCCAGGAAGACUUUUCCAUGGUUGUCCUAAUGGCAGUGAAGAGGAUAAGAAUCAUUUAUUUAAAUGGACGGAUGAAUCUGCGGUUGAAGAAAUUCACGAUAUUAAGAGUUUGUUUGAUGAAAAAAUUGGUCAUUUGGAACUUCAGUCUCAGAGAUGUGAAGAUGUAAUAAGAAGUUAUGACAAAAAGAUUGAAGAUUUGGGUGAUGCUUUAGGUGGAUUGGGGAAAGAGAUGAAAGAGAUGAAAGAAUUGGUUCAAGGAUAUGAGAGAGAUGUGAAGAGCUUGAAGAAGAUAGUAGUUUGUGGGGUUGGAAUGAUGUUAGUGUACUACUAUUUUGCUAUGUAG